AUGCAAACGAUCAAGUGUGUCGUAGUUGGCGACGGAGCUGUAGGAAAGACAUGUUUGCUCAUCUCGUACACCACCAAUAAGUUCCCGUCCGAAUAUGUGCCUACAGUGUUCGACAACUAUGCGGUGACCGUUAUGAUUGGAGGAGAACCGUACACGCUGGGAUUAUUCGAUACUGCUGGACAGGAAGAUUAUGAUCGUUUACGGCCGCUAUCCUACCCACAAACCGAUGUCUUUCUAGUUUGUUUCUCCGUAGUAGCGCCGGCAUCGUUUGAAAACGUUCGUGAAAAAUGGGUACCCGAAAUCGCUCAUCACUGUUCGAAAACACCUUUUCUGUUAGUAGGAACGCAGGUCGACUUACGUGAUGAUCCUUCCAUGUUAGAGAAAUUGGCAAAAAAUAAACAAAAACCGAUCUCAUCGGAUACAGGAGAAAAAUUGGCAAAGGAACUGAAGGCAGUCAAGUAUGUGGAAUGCUCCGCACUCACUCAGAAAGGGCUGAAGAAUGUGUUUGACGAAGCAAUAAUGGCUGCUUUGGAACCACCACCAAUGGAAAAGAAGAAGAAAUGUACAUUGCUGUAA